GGAUCCUGUAGUCCUUAGAGAGUCAGUCAGACAGUCAGUGGGUAGGUCCAAGUGGUGAGGAGUGGGACAGUCACUGUCGUGCACCCAACACCAUGGACGAUCACCCUAUGUACGGCUUGCUCGUGGGGUUCUCCCUCUGGGGAACCAUCUGGCGAUUCCUGUUCCCGCUAGGAUUCUGGAACACUUUUACGUGUAGAGUGGAGACAAGGGGUGGAACUGGGACCACUCCUUAUACAAAGGAGCAGGAAGAAGAGUCCAUCAAGAUUCUGGCCGAGCAAAAGGCCAGGAAGGAGAAGAGGGAAGUUGUGAAGCAGGCCAGAAGGGGUAGUAAAAAAUGGGAAGCAGAAGAGGACCCCUUAAAACGUCAGACCAUAGAAGAGGAGAAGAAGUUAGAGUGGACGUUGCAGCUGACCAGGGAGAAGAAGAAACGAAUGGAAGAGGCCAGCAAGGUGGCAAAAGAGUUGGAGGUCGUGAAGGAGCAAAGAGCACAAAUGGAGGCGCAUCCUGAUGUUAUGGGGAAGAUUGAAGUGAUGGUGUGCAACAUAGAACUUCUGGUGAGGGCUGAGGAAGAGCAGUAUCAGUUCGCCAGAAGCCAGGAUGUAACUCUGCGGUCCAUACGUCUAGGCUUCGGGGAGUUUGCACGUGAGAUGAUGAUGCAUGUGGACACGGAAGUAAAGGCGAGGAUGGAGAGCACAAAACGAUUCUGCACGGGCAUCAUAGAGGGCGCCAAGUUAGCAGCUCCCAGGGAGGAGGAGGCACGUCACCGCAGGGACCAAGUCAAGGUCAAGUUUCCUGAUCCCUAUAGUGGGAUCACUUCGUAUGUUCACCUCCAGAAGAUCGUGCCUCAGGAGCAAGUCCUAAUUGCAUUCCAUGCCCUUAGGGAUGAGGCAGCAAGCUUCGCCUGAUUUCUUGCCCGUGCUGCUGAUUGCGAGAAUGACAUGGUAACUUACUCCGCAAAAACCUUCCUGAGCGCAUUCCUUAAG